AUGGAUGAAUCACUCACCGAUGGUAUUGUUGAGAUUGGCAUAGAGAUGAUUAAACGAGCCUCUCUCCCAGUUCCUCCUGACCUGUCGAUGCUCCUUGCUCGUUGGCCCUCCAAAUUCGCAGAUAAGGUGCUUCUGCUAUCUUUAAAACCACUCCAAAACUUGGCUGCUCUACUCGGUAUCUUCGCGGCGCUGAUUGAGCUCCAGGGGCUGAUCGCAGAAGCCCCUAAUGUCGGACUUCUUUCGCCGGAGAGUUACGCUCAUUUACAAGUUCUUGUUCGUCGGCAUUACCACUAUUUGCAAGAGUGCCGGCAAUACAUAUCCACAGAUGAGACGCUGCUAACGGAUUAUUCGUAUGGGUAUGCUAUGGCGAAAGCAGAGACUGGCAACUGUGUCAAGGCUAAUGUACAGAAAUAG